GUAAGGGAUCCUUCUCGUCCUGCACCUCCUCCUCCUCCUCCUCCUCCUCCUCUUCUCCUCCUCUUCUGCCUCCCCAGCUCUGUUACACUCGUUAUAGGGCAGCACCAGCUCCGGCAGCCACACGUCUCUGCCCUGGCCCUGGCCUGGCCACCAGGCAAUAGUUGGACAGACAGAAGGACCAGCCUUCCUCAUGGCAACUGCAGACAAAGGAGCAACCCAGCCAGGAAGCCCGAGCCCAGAAGCGGGUACAGACAAUGCCCCCAAAGGCAGGGCUGAUGAGACUUCUCUUGUCCAAGAGAAAGGGGCUGUGCCUCCAAGUCAGCCUCUGCCUGGCAGCCCAGGCCCCCCCAAGGAGAGAACUACGGCUGCUGGUGGGGUGGCCCUCCCAGAUGGAGGGGUAGGGGAGGCAUCCCUGGCAGCAGAGGGAAGUGCUGGACCAACAGCUGCCCUGCCCCAGCAGUCUCCACAGAAGGACUCCUCAGGGAAGAAAUCAGAGGCUGGCACCAAGGGCUCUGAGACUGGACAGGACAAGGGUAGCCGAGGGGCAGGAGAACAGGCCAAGGGAGAAAAGAAGCCUGAAGGCAAAUCUGACCCUAAGAAGGCACCCCCACCCUUCUUGCAUAGCCCCAGCUGCCCUGCUACUCUUCAGAGCUCUGAGAAAGCGACAGAGAAGAGCUUGGGGGAAGCAGAGAAAGCUCUAGGUGCUGGAAAGCACAGUUCCCAGAUCUCAGAAACUGUCCCUGGACAAACCAGUUCCACCCCAGGUGCUUCUAGCAAGCCUGAAGAGGGAGGGAAGAAGUCCCUGGAUCCUCUGGCAGGGAGCCAGAAGGAGAAGCCUUUGGAGAAGGCUCAGGGCCCAGAUGGAGAGAGAUCCCAGGCCCAGUCCAGCCCCGCUAGUCCUCCCAGGGCCCAGCCGGACAGCAGCUCAGCUAAAGAAGCAGGGGACAACCCUGAAGGGAUCGUGUUCCAGGCUGUUCCUGUGGAAAAAGAGACGACAGAGAAGACUGCCUGUCCUACUGCCAACAAAGAGGAUAACUUCGAGAUUCUAGAUGACUGCCCCCCUCCUCCAGCUCCCUUCUCCCAUCGCAUUGUGGAGCUAAAGACAGCCAAUGUGAGCAGUGAAUUCACCAUCAAUUCCCAGCACCAACUGGGAGGGGGGAAAUUUGGGGAAGUGUGCACCUGUACAGAGAAAGCCACGGGCCUCAAACUGGCUGCGAGAUCAUUAAGAAGCAAGCCAAAAGACAAGGAGAUGGCACUGUUGGAAAUCGAGGUAAUGAACCAGCUAAACCACCACAAUCUUAUCCAGCUCUAUGCAGCCAUCGAGACGUCCAUAGAGAUCAUCCUCUUCAUGGAGUUUGUGGAGGGCGGAGAGCUGUUUGAGAGGAUUGUGGAUGAGGACUCCCAGCUGACCGAGGUGGACACCAUGGUGUUUGUCAGGCAAAUCUGUGAUGGGACUUUUAUGCACAAAAUGAGAGUUCUUCACUUGGAUCUCAAGCCUGAGAACAUCUUGUGUGUCAGCACGGGCCACAUGGUGAAGAUCAUCGACUUUGGCCUGGCACGGAGGUACAAUCCCAAUGAGAAGCUCAAAGUCAACUUUGGGACCCCUGAAUUCCUGUCCCCUGAGGUGGUGAAUUACGACCAAAUAUCGGAUAAGACUGACAUGUGGAAUGGCGUGAUCACCUACAUGCUGCUGAGUGGCCUCUCCCCAUUCCUGGGAGAUGAUGACACUGAGACCCUCAACAACGUCCUGGCUGCCAAUUGGUAUUUCGAUGAGGAGACCUUCGAGACCAUCUCAGAGGAGGCAAAGGACUUUGUAUCCAAGCUCAUCGUCAAGAACCCCGGAGAACGGAUGAGUGCGGCUCAGUGCCUGGCACACCCCUGGCUCAACAACCUGGCGGAGAAGGCCAAGCGCUGUAACCGACGCCUCAAGUCUCAGAUCCUGCUCAAGAAAUAUGUAAUGAAGCGCCGCUGGAAGAAAAAUUUCAUCGCUGUGAGUGCUGCCAAUCGUUUCAAGAAGAUCAGCAGCUCAGGAGCCCUGAUGGCUCUGGGGGUCUGAGGCCAGGGGGCCUGUGUGGAGGCUGCAACAGAACAACCUAGAGAGCCUCAGGGGGUUCAAGGGCCCUGCAACUGGGAGGGCCUGAGGGCAAUGGGCCAGGCCCCCAAGGAAAGGACAGUCAGGGGGACAACGCCUAGACUUCCACAGCUUGGACUUGGACUUGCCUCAGAACUGAAGCCCGACCCAUUCUCCGGCUCGGCUGGGGUGGGGGCUUCCCCUGCCAAACGGUGACCAGAUCCAGAACCCUCCCUGUCCUAGAAUCUUCCUCCCUAGGCCCCCAACACACACUUCCCUCACUGGAUGCCACCUCAUGCAUGGGUUUCAUAGUAUUUCAAGCAAGAAGGGACCUUAGAGACCAUCUAGGCCAAUUCUCUCAUUUGACAGAUGGGAAAAGCAAGAGAGGUCAGAGAGGGGAAGUGACUGUGGUCACACAGUGAUCAGAGAGCAGAGCUGGGAUCUGAACCCACAAACCUUCUGAUUCCAAAUUCAGUGCUCUGGUUCCUACUCUCUGAACACUGAGUGUCCCCGUGGGAGGCUCCCUCCCAUUCUGCUAGGGCUGUGGAGUCCGUGAUUCGUUCAGAUGGGAAGGGGUUGCCUAACCCUAUCCAGUUUUCCCUCCCCAAACUACUCUGAUCUCAGGAGCUUAUAUCCCAAGCUACACCGAAGCUGCAGCCCCCGCCCCAAGUCCUUUCCCCAUCCUCUGGCCCUCUAGCCUCAAGGGGAAUUAAUAGUCCAUUCUGGGGCCUGGUAGGGAGGUAUGGCCCAUGGACAGACUUAGGGGCCCUUGGAAGGAGUAGGAGUCAUGAUGGCAUAAUGGAAAGAGAGCUAGAUUUGGGGUCACAAUUUAAAUUCCAGUUCUGUUACUAGUUAUGGUGCCUCAAAUAAGUCAUAACCUCUGGGCUUCAGAUUCUGCCUCUGUAAGUGAGGGGAUUUUCUAAGUGUUCUCUAAGUUCCCUUUCAACUCUAAAUCCUAUGAUCCUGGGUGCCCAAAUGCUCCCAGUUCCCCUAAACAGGAAGGGAACCCAGACUCAGAGUCAUUGUUUGCUGGGUGAGCUCUACAGCUGGGGUGGGGGGAAUCCAGAGGGAAAAAAAACCCAGUUCCUAUUAUGCCAGAAGGCUCAUUGCACAGAGCAGAAGGAAGAAAGGAAGGAAGGAAGGAAGGAAGGAAGCAAGCCCCUGACCCAGAUCCCAGAAGGAGUCCCUGGCCACAGAGGUGAGGGUGGGGGUACACAGCAAGGGCUUUGUUUUCUACUCACCUCCCUGGCCUUCCCAAGCCACCAACGGAGGCCGAGAGAGAUGGAACCUGCCUCCUCCCCAGAAAAGGAUUCCUCCACAUAGCUAGAGUCCAGAGAGGCUGCCGUGCUAAUGCAGACCAGCUGGGCCCCUAGCUGGCCUCCUCACCCCAAUGAAAGCACCAUUUCACAGUGACCACCAACAGGCAGGAACUUCUGUGUGUGAGUGGGCCAGAACUCAGGAGGAGGGCAGCCCUGCCCUUCCCUAUGUCCUUUCUCCCUCCUCCCCCCUCCUCCCCACAUGGGUCAGCAAGAACUUGGGAAAGAAGAGUUGGGGGCAGGGGGCACUGCAGCAGCCUCCUAACAGUGCCAGAGAGCUCUUGUGGGGCUGCUGGUCCCCAGGAUCCAGAAGCCCUUGCCAUCUCUCCUUCCUAUUUAACUUUAAAUGACAGUGACAUGAGCAGGCUCCUUAGAUGACAGCCCUGCCAUCCAGAAGUGCUCAGGAAUGGCCUCACCGCUCGUCCCACCCUCCCACCCAGGCUCGGAUGGUCUCAGUGAUGCAUCUCUGCAGGGUCAUUAUAGUGAAGUCACUUGGGAUGGUUAUAACGUUUCGAAGCUUGGAGUGAGGGUUGGGAUGAUGGCUCACAUCCUCCCAACAAAGAUGAGGUUCAAGAGCUCUGGCUUUCAUGUAAAUAAAUGUACAGGAAGAACAGCAAUUGGUCUGAAUAUGGGGGGGGGAGAAUCUGGGCAAGGGGCAUGCAUGGUCUCCCACACUCCCCCAGAUAAUGAAAGGACUUGGGGUGGGGGGCUCCCUGUUUUCCAAAUCACAUUGGCUCCAAAUCCCAAUUCUCUGUCCCUAGAACAUGACCCUUUCUUUCCCUUAUCCUAAAAUGUUAGACUCUACACUCCAAGUCCUUUCCCUCUUCCACUCUCUACCCCCCCAACAGUUUCCAAAUGGGAGGAAAUGGAAGCUUUCCAUUGAAGAAAGAGGAGCUUCUUUCUACUCCCUGCUUUCUAGUUUAGGGCAAAGAUCUCUCUGCUGAGGAGAAGGCCCUAGAAUCUCUAGAUUCCCCCAUCUGAGCCUUAGAUGAAGGGUCAUCCGAUGGCAAUAGCAUUGAGCUGAAUCUAAAGUCGCUUCUGGUUCUGACCUGUAUUCUGUGAUCCUCUAGCACCUUUGGGACAAGGACUCUUACUUCUUGUGUAAUGGGCCCUCUGGCAGGCUGGUGAAACCUUUCAGAAAAAUGUUUCCAAAUAAUUGAAGGAAAUGCUAAAUUUUAGUUAGAGGUUCAUGAAAAUAAAGAUGUGAUUUCCUCCCCAUC